AUGGGCAGCUUAUACACUUGGGAAGAAAGUGUCUCUCAGAAAUGGCUCAUCAGAGACCAACUCCUCGCACCGUAUUUGGUCGAUGUAGCUCAACCUCUACCGCCAGUACAGAGUCCCAAGGAGCAUGCUCGACUAGAAGAUCCCUUGAUUCAAAAGAUCACAGAUAUCGACAAUAUUGCGGCUCUGCUGGAAUCAAUUAAGAAAGGGAGUUCCAUGCAGAACAGGGGAUCAUGA